AUGGAGGAAGAAAAGGCUAGAGAGUAUCAAGAUUUGGUGAAAUUAUUUAGCAAGGUUGAAGUGAAUGUGCCAUUGCUAACCAUGAUCAAACAAAUUCUGAAAUAUGCCAAAUUCCUCAAGGAUCUUUGUGUGCACAAAAAUAAAUUGAAGAUAAAUGAAUUGAUAAGUAUGGGGAAGAAUGUCUCAGCAUUACUUCAGCUAGUUCCUCAGAAAUGUGAAGAUCCAGGAGUUUUCACAGUUCCUUGUGUUAUAGGAGAUUGUAUUUUUGAGGAUGCAAUGUUAGAUCUUGGAGCUUCAAUUAAUGUGAUGCCUAAGUCAAUUUUUCAGUUAUUAAGAAUUGGGCCUUUGCAACCUACAGGUGUGGUGAUUCACUUAGCUAACCGAAGUCAAGCACACCCAGCUGGAGUGAUAGAAGAUGUAUUGGUAAAAGUGCGGGAGUUAAUUUUUCCUGCAGAUUUUUACGUCUUAGAUAUGGAGGGUGAUGUGCUUGCAAACAGGUCACCACUUAUUGUUGGACGUCCAUUCUUGAAAAUAGCUAGAACCAAGAUUGAUGUACAUGCAGGAACUCUUUCCAUGGAAAUAGGAGACACAGUGGUUUGGUUUAGCAUUUUUGAGGCUAUGAAGCAUCCAAGAGAGGAUCAUUCUAUUUUUAGCUUGGACAUCUCAGAGGAGUUGGAUGGCAUGGAUUUCUUGUCAGAUAUUGAUGAAGAAGUGGAUAUUACUGAUGUUGAUCAAGGUGAAGAAUUUGUUUCAUUAUUGGAGGAUGUCGUAGAUAUGGGAGCAUAUGUCAGUUUAGAAUUAUGCGUAGGGGAUUACAUAGGAGAAGCAUUACCCUUAGAAUCGCCCAGAGAAGAAGAAUUAUGCGUAGGGGAUUACUUAGGAGAAGCUCUACCCCUAGGAUUGCCUUCUGUUGACCAGACACAGAAUGAGUUGAAGUCGUUACCUCAGCAUUUGAAGUAUGCCUAUUUAGGAGAGAAUCAACAGCUACCUGUCAUCAUAGCUCAGAAUUUGAAACCUGAUCAAGAGGAAAGAUUGUUAGAGAUUCUGAGACAGCAUAGGAAGGCCAUUGGAUGGACUCUGGCAGAUAUUCCUAGGAUCAGUCCUUCUAUUUGCAUGCAUAGGAUUUAUUUGGAGGAGGAUGUGAAGCUAAUGUUGGAGAGACUGGCAGGUAAAUCACAUUAUUGCUUCCUUGAUGGGUACACCGGUUAUUUUCAUAUUUGCAUCGACCCAGAGGACCAGGAGAAGACUACCUUCACUUGCCCUUUCGGUACAUUCGCAUAUCGUCGGAUGCCCUUCGGACUAUGCAACGCUCCAGAGCAUGACAUUGUUUUAGGUCAUAUAGUCUCUAGGAAGGGCAUUGAAGUAGAUCCGGCUAAAGUUAGCGCUAUAUCUUCUUUAUCUUACCUCGCAUGCGUGCGGGAUGUUCGAGCUUUUCUUGGCCAUGCAAGAUUCUAUAGGAGAUUUAUUAGGGACUUCAGUAAGAUUGCUCUGCCAUUAUCUCAGUUACUUCAAAAGGAUGUUAUGUUUCAUUUUGAUCAGAGGUGUAUAGAGGCUUUUGACAGAUUGAAGGAGGCUCUUACUUCAACACCUAUUAUCAGACCCCCAGACUGGUCCUUACCUUUUGAGUUGAUGUGUGACGCUUCAGACUUUGUAGUAGGAGCUGUUCUUGCACAGAGAGUGGAUAGAGCACCAUAUGUUAUUUGCUACGCAUCUAAGACCUUAGACUCAGCUCAAGCAAACUACACCACGACAGAAAAAGAGCUUCUUUCUAUUAUUUUUGCUUUAGAUAAAUUCAGAUCAUAUUUACUUUGUUCUCAUGUGGUUGUAUUUUCUGAUCAUGUAGCCUUGAAAUACCUCCUCAAGAAGCCUGAUGUGAAGCCUAGGAGCGAGAAGGAGAAUUUGGUUGCAGAUCACUUGAGCAGGAUUGAAGGAGACUUGGAUCGUACAGCUAUUGAUGAUGAUUUCAGCGAUGAGCAGCUUUUAUAG